AUGUCCUCACGAAACAGAAACUCCCGGUCCUCUGGCCGCUCUCGACCCCGUAGCCGCUCUCGACCCUCCUCCAAAUACGACCCUCGCGAGGGCGUGCCCAAACAAACGGGAUUUGAACCGCACAAUAGCAAGCGCGAACUGCCGCUCUGGGUUGAGAUCGAGAGCGAUGAGCUCGGGGGCGGCCGCCCAAUCCUGGAGAGGAUAUACCAAGGGGAGCCACUCUACGCCGUGGUCGACGAGAGCGUCUUCUACGCAAUGAGCCUCAUAACCUCCGAUUUGAGCCGAGACUGUCUGGCCAAGAUGGGAUCGGCGGCCUUGCUGGAAUGGGACGGUGAGGGCUGCAGCGGGGAUGCCAUGGAGAAUUUGGUGGACAACUUCCUCGGGCCCUUGGGCCGGGGGUUCGUUUCCAUUCAUCUGAGUAACGAAUACCCCUACAACGGCUCAUAUCUCUCGCGUGACCGGGAAAGACACGAGAAAAGAUCGGCUUGGACGCCCCAUCAGGGGGGUACCAUAUCGCUCAACCGCUAUAUGGUCGAGUGUAUGGCCAAGGCUGCCGAUAAAAAGCACAGCUCCCACUAUCACAGCAUUGCCUACGAUAACUUCCUGGUCAUUGUGGCUGUCACCAUAGCACACGAGCUAGUUCACUGCUUUAUGAAUUACUUAGCUGUGGACGUGGACGAGGACACGCCGACGGAUAUCGUAGGAAUACGUUUCCACAAUGGCCGGGCCGAUUCGGGGAGUGUGUGGGAAAGAAAGGUGUUGGGCGGCAUGCUCAAAACCUACGAAGCGAAACGCCAUCCACUGGGCGACGAACAGUCUGGGAUGGUGUGGCUAGCCAAAUCCUCCGGAUCUGCGGAGGAAGUGACAGUCACGAAAUUCGAGGAGGUUGACGGUCGUGGCAGGGCUCAACUCGUAUACGACCUCGGCCCGCCUUUAACCACAAACAGGCUACGCCGUCCAGCUGAUAAGCUCAGGCGCGACUUCACUCAAAUGUGGGUGCUGCGCCAGCAGAUCUUGAAGAGCAGUGGGAAAGAGGUAAAGCUCGAGAGCACCACCCGUCGCCGAACCAGGUUCAAUGCCGAAGGGGCCAGGACAGUUCAAGCUGCCGCACCCCAGAGAAGCGGGAAGCGCGGGGAGACGGAUACUCCAAGCCCCAUCACCCCCAUCAAGCCCGCCGGCAAACUUGCCGCCACCAACCCCGCAGGUAGCAAGCAGCACCCUACCAAGCCUCGCCAACCCACCUCUACUACGCAGCCCUCUGCCAGCCCGACUGCUACGCGUGCUCCUCCUGCGCUGCGCCCUUCUCCAUCCGGCGGCGGGAAGCCCGCUCCCUCUUCCACCAAGUCUUCCACCAAGUCUUCCACCACGGGUACCUCAGCUGCCGGACGAGCCCCUGCCCGCGCCCCUGACAAGACCGGACCCCCACCCGCUGCCGGUUCGUCGCGGCGUCCUAAGCUCGGCCUCGUCAUCCCCUCUUAG